AUGGGCUACGGCAUCCACCACGCCUACAAAUCCUCCAACUCCCACCCUCACUUCCCCACAACCGCAACCUUAUACACCACCCAACUAAUCCUAAACUUCCUCUGGACUCCACUAUUCUUCGGUAUUGAAAAACCAGGGUUGGCGUUACUCGAUAUCCUGGGGUUGGGUGUUAACCUAGGGGCUUUGACGUGGAGUUAUUCGAGGUUGGGAGAUGAGGUUGCUGUGUGGACUAUGCUGCCUUAUAUGGCUUGGGUUUCGUUUGCGACUUAUCUUAAUGUUGGAGUGGGCGUUUUGAAUGGGUGGGAUCUUAAGUCGAAGAGGAAGGCUGUGAAGGAGGAGUAG